UUGUAAAUUUUCAGCGGCAUCAGUGCAGUAAGCGAUCCUCGUCAAAUCCGACCAUAGAUCCGAGUUUACGCUUUGAACGAUGACAGACACAGUAGCUACAACUCCGGCUCCAGUCGCAGCGUCGCCAGCUGCGAAAAAAUCUCCGGCCAAAAAGAAGUUGAAUGCCUCCAAAGUAAAGAAGCCGGGCGCGUUGCAUCCGACCACCGCCGUGAUGGUCACCUCGGCUAUCAAAGAGCUCAAGGAGAAGAAGGGUUCGUCGUUGCCGGCCAUCAAAAAAUAUCUGGCUGCUAACUACAAAGUCGACCCUGCCAAGUUGGCCCUAUUCAUCAGGAAGUUCCUGAAAGCCGCCGUCGCCAACGGUACCGUCGUUCAGACCAAGGGAACCGGCGCUUCGGGACACUUCAAAUUGCCCGUCUCCGAUGUCAAGCCGAAAAAGGCCGUUGUGGCGAAAAAGAAAAAAUCGAUCGUCAAUAAAGUCAAAGCCGCCGGAACACCGAAGAAAAAGAAGAUCGCAGCCAUGACAAUAAUGCGUACAUGAUAUAUUGUAACCAAAACUUCAUUUUUUGUUUGUAUUGUUUUUGACGAAACAAUUUGUAGACAAUUUAAAAAAACGGCGGGUGAUUCGGUCCCACAUUAAACACCAAGAUGCUACAGGAAAAAAUAUAAUGGUCGCUUCGAUUUGAAGUAUCACUGAACAAAAUUUAACACUGAGAAGACGAAAAUCCUUAAAAAGACAAAAGUGCAAAGAGUGCCAAAAGUGCCAACCACCACAGACACCGCUGGCGCACUAUGCACUGCAGCAAAGGCGACCGAAUACGCUUGCCAAUUGGUCCAAGGUCUCGCCGACGUGUUCUUCAACGAAGACUUACUUGAAUAACAACAUUAAAAACAUUAAUUAUAGAUGCA